AUGGCUUCUAAUUCGUUUCUUGAUAAAUAUCGUAGCAAUUUGAAUGGGCCUGGCAGUGACAAUUCUCAAUCACGACCCAAUUAUGCUUCAACACAACCACAAACAUCGCAAUACUAUAGUAAUAAUGCUGAUAUGUCAGCAUUACGUGCUUCAGGAAAUGCGAUACAAGAUGAACGAUUUGGAAAUGAAAUUCUUUCUCGUGCUGGUCCAAGUCAACACUAUCAACAUCCAUCUUAUCGUACUCAUGAAAUUAUUGCACCUGGUGGUCGUAUGGACAAUUUAUCUGUACAAGUCGAUCAUGAACCACUACAUGUUGUUAAACCGUCUGAGCAAAAUAUUCAUUAUAAACAACAGGUCAACGUACGAUUUUUGCAACCACCACCAGGACCUGAACCAGCACCAAUUAUUAUCAAGGAACGUCAUGCACCGCAUCCACCUGCACCAGCUCCAGUAGUUAUUCGUCAACGGCCAGCAACCCCACCGACGCCUCCUCCUCUCAUUAUUCGCGAACGCCCACCAACACCACCGGUUCAACAACAACCGCAAAUUAUUGAAAAAAUUUUACCACCACCACCAGCUCCAGCUCGUCAAGUUAUUGUCGAACGACUUCCACAGCCACCACCAAAACCACGUCAAGUAAUUUAUGAAAAAUGGUUACCUUAUCAAGAAACAAAAGAGCGGCCAGUUAUCGUCCAAAGAGCACCAGCUCCUGAAGUUAUUCGACCACCGAAAAAUGUCAUCAUUCAACAUGAACAACCGAAAGCUCAUCAUGAACAGAUUAUUACUGAUGAAGGUGUCUUCCAUGCUGAUCCUCAAUAUCACAAUGCAACAAGUACUAUUGGUGAAGUGCGUAUUGUUGACAAAAUAACCGAUUUACCGGUGAAUUAUUCAAAAUAUUUAACAAAUCGUCGUCCAGAAACGGUUCAAUCUCGAGCACCAUCGACUGCUAGUCAAUAUCAACCAGCACCUCAACAGUUCACUCAAGCGGAGCCGGGACCGGAAUAUCGUUCAACAAAUUAUAAUUAUCCAGGUGCUUAUACAACAACCUAUCGUGCAUCAUAUACAAAUCAAAAUCAAAAUCGAAGUGGAUAUGGUCAAACAAGUGGUAAUGAUGCAAGUCAAGCAGCAGUUUAUACAAAAUAUGUUUAA